GCGCGGCUGGGCGCGCGGCGUUCUGGCCCGGAGCCGGGCGGCGGGCCUUCGCCAUGCCGGGGAUGGUGCUCUUCGGCCGGCGCUGGGCCAUUGCCAGCGACGACUUGGUCUUCCCGGGGUUCUUCGAGCUGUUUCUGCGGGUGCUGUGGUGGGUUGGCAUCCUGACGUUGUAUCUCAUACACAGAGGGCAGCUGAACUGUGCUGGUGGAGUCCUGCUCAGCAGUUACUUAAUCGUUCUCAUUAUUCUCCUGGCAGUUGUGAUAUGUACUCUCUCAGCCAUCAUCUGUGUCAGCAUGAAAGGAACCAUUUGUAAUCCUGGACCACGGAAAUCUAUGUCUAAGCUGCUUUACAUCCGCCUGGCGCUCUUCCUGCCAGAGAUGGUCUGGGCUACGCUGGGGGCCAUCUGGGUGGCAGACGGCGUUGAGUGUGACAGGACAGUGGUGAACGGCAUCAUCGCCACCGUCAUCAUCAGCUGGGUUAUCAUCGCCUCCACUGUGGUCACCAUCAUCAUCGUCUUUGACCCACUGGGGGGAAAAAUGGCCCCCUACUCCGCUGCUGGCUCCACCCACCUGGAAAGUCAUGAGUCCAGCCAGCUGUUUACUGGCCUCAGGACAGCAGCUACAAGUGUGUGGGAAACCAGGAUCAAGCUCUUGUGUUGCUGCAUUGGGAAAGACGACCAUACUCGAGUUGCUUUUUCGAGUACGGCAGAGCUUUUCUCAACCUACUUUUCAGACACAGACUUGGUGCCCAGCGACAUCGCAGCAGGCCUCACCCUCCUCCAUCAGCAACAGGACAACAUCAGGAAUAAUCAGGAACCUGAUGAAGUGAUCAGCCACUCCCCAGAACCCUCCCAGGAAGCCGACCUGGAUAGUGAAUUAGAGAACUGCCAUCAUUACAUGCAGUUUGCGGCCGCUGCCUACGGGUGGCCUCUCUACAUUUACAGAAACCCGUUCACAGGGCUGUGCAAGAUCGGUGGAGACUGCUGCGGGAGCAGGACGACAGAGUAUGAACUGGUUGGAGGCGAUCAGCUCAACUGUCACUUUGGCUCCAUUCUGCACACGACGGGGCUGCAGUACCGGGAUUUCAUUCACAUAAGCUUUCACGACAAGGUGUAUGAGCUGCCCUUCUUAGUGGCGCUAGACCACAGGACAGAGUCUGUCGUGGUGGCUGUGAGAGGAACCAUGUCUCUCCAGGACAUCCUGACGGACCUGUCAGCAGAGAGCGAGACCCUCAACCUAGAGUGUGAGGUGCAGGACUGUUGGGCGCACAAGGGGAUUUCUCAGGCUGCCAGAUACGUCUACCGUCGACUCGUCAACGAUGGGAUUUUGAGCCAAGCCUUCAGCAUCGCUCCUGAGUACCGGCUGGUCAUCGUGGGGCACAGCCUGGGGGCAGGCGCCGCAGCGCUGCUGGCCAUCAUGCUGAGACACUGCCACCCGCACGUGCGCUGCUACGCCUUCUCCCCGCCCCGGGGGCUGCUGAGCAAGUCUCUUUAUGAAUACUCUAAGAAGUUCAUUGUGUCCCUUGUCCUGGGCAAGGAUGUGAUUCCCAGAUUAAGUGUGACCAACUUGGAAGAUUUGAAGAAGAGAAUCUUGCGGGUGAUCGCUCACUGUAAUAAGCCCAAGUACAAGAUCUUGUUGCAUGGGUGCUGGUAUGAGCUGUUUGGAGGGAACCCUGACAACUUCCCGACAGAGCUGGAUGGGGGCGACCAGGGAGACCUUACACAGCCUCUUCUUGGAGAGCAGAGUUUGCUGACGCACUGGUCCUCAGCUUACAGCUUCUCCAGCGACUCUCCCCUGGAGUCCCCCAGCAAGUACCCGCCUCUGUACCCUCCGGGCAGGAUCAUCCACCUGGAGGAAGAGGGCACUUCAGGGAGGUUUUGCAGCUGCUCUACUGCUCAGUAUAGUGCAAAGUGGGCAAAUGAAUCAGAAUUCAGCAAAAUACUCAUUGGCCCGAAGAUGCUAACAGACCACAUGCCAGACAUCCUGAUGAAAGCCCUGGACAGUGUGGUGUCUGACAGGGCCACCUGCAUCUCCUGCCCAGCCCGAGGUGGUUCUCAUGGAGGCAUGGCAUAGCCAGGGCUCCUGGACACCGCGUUGGGCAUUGUUCUUAAACUGACUUUCCCACUGAUUUCCAUGAUGCCAAUUUCUUGGAUGUCUACAGAUAGGAAUUUGAUGGAUAUCAAUUCAGUGAUCAUCCCAAUGACUGAGUAAUCUGAGAAAUGGUCUUGAUCAUAGAAUGCAGCAGGAGUCAGGAGACAGCACCGAGGACAAGGCAGUUCUCAGUGCUUUGGGAAGCCCUUUCCCAAUGGUGUUGGCCCAGAUUUCCUGGCAGUACCCUAGCCAGGUGUGAAGCCCUAAUCCAUCUGUAGACUCUUACUCAAGCGCCCUUCGCACUGCUGGGGUCUCCUUUGAGUCUAAAGCUGAUAUGCAGGUGUGCAGUUUACCUGAGGUUGGGUGGCUAUGCAUACGCAGUUGUGAGGGUGCAGAUGCGUUGCACUUGGUGGCACAAGGGUCAGCCCUGAGCUCCAAUUGGGAAUCAAGGCCGAGUCAAGUCAAGGAAAUGAGUUGGUGGCUCCUGCCCUCAGAGCUGCCAGACUCCAUUUCCACCAGGUGGUUUCAGCCACACCGCGUCGUUACUCAUAACAUCAGGUUCUGGCUCUUGGAGGGCAGCCAGUGGAUUCAGAGGGAGUUAAAGAAAAUAAAACACUUAACGGCAGUCGUGUCUAUAUGAUGAGGUCGCUUCCAACAAAGUUUUUUACUGGGUGGCUUUAGCAGUAUUUUAAAGGUUUUCUGUUAACUGUAAAUAGCAAAGUCAGUCUCUGAAUUUUCAAGUUUUCUUAGUACUGUGGCUAAAGACAGGCUGUAUACAGUUGUGUGGGCACCUGAUCUCCCAACAUAGCACAAUAAAAUGACAAAUGACCAAGGAUGAAGAGAAAUCAGAUGGCUGCCAGUAAACUGAGUCCUGAGUGGGGAUGUUAAGACCUGGACCAGCCUGAUGCAGAGCCCAGGUUCCUACAUGCCCGAGGUGGGAGUUAAGCAGACAGCAGGGGCCACGUCAGAGUAAGGUUUACUGGGAAGGUGGCCGUCGUUUGGGAGUGGAGGUACAGGACAUCAGCAGGUUGAGGCUCCUCAACCCUCUACCAGGCACCUCGGACCUACAAGGAGAUUCUGCAGGGAAACCUAACCUCACAGUAGGGCCCUCAGCUCUUGCAGCCACACCACCUUGGAGUUUCUGAAAACCUGCUAAGGACCAUUUACGUAACAGCAAGUUUCACUUCUACAUAAAUUCCUGCACACAUCUAGGUAAGAGGUCUCAGACAGAUGCAGACCAGCCCUGCCUUCUGAGACCCCCCUGUGCGCUCGGUUUCCUGUCUGCCUUUUCAGGUUCUCAUCUUUUAUUUAAACUCAAGCCAGACAAUUGCUAGACACUUAAACAGGAUACCUAAAGCAGCAGAUACAGGAGAUACUUCAACCUGUCCCAGCAGAGAACAGAAGUGCCAGAGUCACCAGGUUAAUCUGUGGGGCUAGAAACACAAAUGAGUAAAAGCAAACACUUGGAGAUCAGAAGCAUGAAAAAGAAAUUCAAAAGCAGUCAGAAUGACACCUGGAUAACAGAACACAGGUAUCUAGACAGAAGGAGCCCAAGUGCAGAACAGGGACAGGGAAGGAAAUCCUGUGAAGGGAAGUCACUCCCAAGCUGGAAUUUUAGAUCCAGCCAAAAGUUACUGGGGUGGAAGUAGUUACUCCACAAGAGGUGACUCAACCACAGCCUUCCCGUACAUACACCUCAGGAAGCCGUCAAUCUGGUUGAGAUGGAAGAAAAACAGAUAGGAAAUCACAAUGAGAACUGGCGGGCAGAUGAUUCUCAGUUGGAAAAUGAAAGCAGAUAUAACAAUACAUUCAAACAAAACUGAAUAGCAGAUGAAAACUGUGUAGAAAACUAAGCAAAAGUAGUAUUCCCAAAGAAACCAGAAGUACAGGGCAAGUUUGCCACAUAGCUCAGCUGUUAUUUACAGUAAUAAUAGUAUUGAUCCAUAGUGUACUAGUGAACAAGCAACCACACUAUACUGAGCAGAUGGGAAAGGUGUGUUGGGUUGGAGGGGAGCUGUACUGGUAGGAAGGAGAAAGUCCGCGUCCAUGAUGGGCACACCAGUAGUAAUGACUGAAAGUGAAAGUGCUACCUGGCAACAGAGGUAGUGACUUAGCCUGACCCCUUAGGGAGUGGGGGGACCCAAUCACCAGUGGCUACCGAUUUGCUCAGUCAUACCUAGGCGAUGGCCCCUCCAAACCCCAAAAGGGCAGGCAGGGUUCAGAGGCCUUCUAGCCGGUGGGCACGUGGAGGUACAGUCAGUGGCAUACUCAGUCUGGGAGAGCCACACCCUGCCACACACUUCACCCUGUGCGUCUCUGCCUUGCUCCUGCAUUAAGAUCCUUUUAUAGCUGACAAUCUAGUGAGAAUAAAAAAAGCAUUUCAUUUAAACAAAUAUCAAGAAUUAAAGAAUUUAAAUAACAGCUUCUAGGGCAACUAUGAAACUAGCAAACUUUGAAGACUGGUUCUUUAAGCUGUUCGGUUAAAAAGAGUCCUUUGAACGUCAAUUUGAACAUGAACUUUUCACAGUACUCAUCUCAGGUUCCCAACAAGCUGCCAAUUCUGGUCCCAACAUCUGCAUUUCCAGUGUGGCCGGCCAGAUUUACAAAACGGCCCAUGAAUUCCACCAUCCACACUACCAAAAGGUUCCACAAUGAACAUCAUCUCCCCUCCCUAUACCCCUACCACCCAGUUUAUUCACCCAUCUUCUUCCCUGGAGGGUCUGCUCCAGCGUAAAACUG